AUGACAAUACUCACACGCACGAACACUAGAAUCGUUUCCUCCACUGUUUCCUUCCUUCUCGCCAUUGUAAUUGUACAAUUAUUGUUCAUCACCCAUCGAUUUACUUCCUCUCACACUCAUGCCAAUCCCAUUGCUUCCAUUGAAUUCAACCAGGCCGUGGAUGCAGCCAUGUAUGAGGUCGUUUCCUCUUCCUCCUUUCAACAAUAUAUUACCAAGAUUGUUGGCUUUCCCGUUCCCCUCUGUUCCACCAAAAUAAAAUAUCCCACUCGAUGGCCAGUUUCAUCUCUGAUCACGGAAUUGAAAAUGUGCUACGAUGGCUCUUCAUACAUUGCCGAACCAUGGCCUUCCGUGUACAAGGAAGUGGGUAGGAGAAUGAUUGAGGCUUUCAAUGCACAAUACAGUUUGAAAUUAAGUGCAAAAUUUGUACCACUCGUGAUGAAUGAAACAUUGGGGUAUUUUGAAUCGUUGAGAGUAGCUGUAGAGAGUGGUGAAUGUGAUGUUGCUGUUGCUGAUACGACCCUCACAGAGGAACGCUCGGCCAAAGUCAAAUUCAGUGUCUGCCCCUAUGGAGUCUCGGUGAAUGCCUUUCUGAGAUCGGAUUUGGAUAAUACCACUCUCACUGGAAUUACUGAAUUGAAACAUUUGAAUCGAUCGGGAUUGAAUGUUACAUACUAUGAAGGAACUAUAUUUGAUACCAUUGCUCAACAAGAAUUGCAAGCAGCCAACAGAGUACCUUCAACCUAUGAAGGGCAAUAUACAUUGGUCUUGCAACGAAAGGUUCAUGCCGUGUUGGGUGAUGUGUUGGAUCAACAAGCAUGGUUAGAGGCGAAUCGAAAAGAUUGUGUGAGUUGUUAUAUUAAGGCUUUUGGACUGGGAGGAUCAUUUGGAGUGUUUACUCAAGCAACCACACGAUCGAGCGAGGCAGUAAGACAUGGCAUAUGGCCUCAUUCUCUCAUGGGUGUGGUUGUGAUGGGCAUGUUAGUAUUGCUCAUGGUGGAAAUGUUUAGCAAGCCUUAA